GCCUUUGUAAUGCCAUGGCACUGCAGCGAGCUUUUGUUCUUGUGCAGAUAAGGCACCUGCGUGUCUUGCCGUUGUUUGUGUACGUACACUUACUCUGCAAUUAGUUGACAUAAUCUUAGAAUUACCGACAACUCGGCGUCAAGGCGCAUAAAGGGUGCGUGAACUUUUAGACCUCCAUAGACAUUCCUUUGCUUUCAGCUUGUUGGUUGCUGGCCGAAGGAAUGACAUUAGCAAUCAAGACAUCUGACCACGCAAUACAAUAUGAUGGCGAACAUAAACGUAGCAACCGAUGGUUCUUCGCACUUGGUUGGGGAGUGCCUGUUAUAUUUGCUGGGUUUGCGAUAGUGUAUGGUUUGCUGACAGGAACCUACUUGGAGGAAAGUCUACCGUUCAAAGAGGGAAUUGUUACGUCGUUUAAGUACAAAUACGAGCACUGCUGGCUUGUACCUCAGACGACAAUCUUCUGGUCUACUGUCAUCGGUCCAACAGCUUUUAUAUUGGCCGUUAAUCUGCUCAUAUUGCUUCGCGUUAGCAGGUUCGUCUAUCUGAUGCAUGUUAAUGAAGUCAAAAUGCGACCAGGUCAACCGAGAGAGGGAGCUAGAGAGGUGUUCCAACAGCUUAAACGAACGAUACGACUCAUUGUUGUACUCGUGUUCACACUAGGAAUGCCUCUGGUCAUUGGAUACCUGGUCGGUAUCGGUUAUACAUCAACAGUGUUCAUGUACAUCAAUGUUGUGGUGAAUGGAUUGCAAGGAGUUGUCGUUUUCAUCGUCUACCUUGUGGCUGUUAAAGAUAUUCGGCAGAUGGUGACAAGAAAAGUUGCCCAGUCGUUUGAAAUGACUGAAUUGAUCUGAUCAAACUUUUUCGACACAUUGUGUACGACAGCUUGUUUAAGACCCUUGAAUAUUGGGUGCAAUUAACAGU